AUGAUACAUAGCAUACCUGAAGCAGCAGCAAAACAUCAAGAAAUAAUAAUACAUGGUACCAAAAAACUAUCAUACUAUCAAAAUAAAAGAUACUAUCAAAUGAUACAAAUAUAUCACAAUACAAAACAAGAAGCUG